GGCAGAGAGAGCUGGUUAGAAAAAGUCUUGCUAUGAGUUUAAUUGUCAUAACUGCUCUUCAUAUACAGACUGCCAGACUAAGAGUCUUAAAUCUGCUUUCUGCUGGCUUGCAACUGGUUUCAGUAACUACAAUACUGUAUUCUCUGUUGGCUUGCAUUAUACUGUACUCAAUUUAAUUGAAUUCAGUUCAGUUAUGACCGUCUGGUUCCGCAUAAAUACGCUGAUUUCCAAACUAAUACAGCAUGUAAAUGCCCGCUUCCACAUCGAUCAGAUGAUUUCUGCAUUCAUACAUUACUGUAUUAAACCACACAGAUUAUCACAACACGGAUUAAUGGGAGUCUAGUGUUUAUCAUUAAAUAAUUGUAUGCAGUUGUCAUAGUUUUUAAGAUAGCGGUGCCAUAAUUAAAAUUUAAAUUCUAGGGAUGGAUUUGAUGGCUUAGUUAGGGGGAAAUUGAAAGGGUUCUCUCUAAAUUGUUAUGAUGUGCAAAGAACUGUUUCCUAGAAUUCAUCCACAUUCAUUAAAAAGUAUUCUGACAUCCCUUUGUAUUGAAACAUCUUUGUGGGAAAGAAAUUAAAUACAUAACACACUGAAGAAAGUGCAGUGUCACGUUUUUCUAUGGCUUAAAAAAAAAUAAAAAAAUAAAUCAAUAUAUAUAUUAUUAUGUAAUUUAGUUGAGACUGUUCACUAUCUUUUUUGUUCUCUGCAUCAAUAUCCUUUCUUUACGAGAUGAUGUUCUCUUUUGUGCUCUGUUUAUGGCUGCUGUACCUUUUAUCUCUGUGCCAGUUUUGCUCAUUUCUCCUGGAAGCUGUCUGGAUGCAGAGAAAGGCUUCUUGGUGUAAGCAAUGCCCUCCCUCUUUUUCUUAGCCUGCUUUUAUUGAAUUCCGCCUCCACAUCAUUUAUCUUUCGGAGUGUUGAGUUUUUUUUUGUUUUGUUUUGUUUUUUCAGCUCACUGAGGCCUUUGAGGGGCUAUUUCUUUCUUUCCCAGCUGCAUUUGUUGACACAGUCAAUCCUAAAAACUGUUUUUUUUUUUUGUUUGUUUUCUUCCAUCCACCCCCCUCUUCAUUCACCCCCUCCCUGGCCAUAAAGUAUCUACAGCUGGGGUUUGUAUUAACAUAGCCAUUCUGAAAGCAGCUAAGGGGAGGCUAAAUAUAUUACACCCAUUACCUUUUGUGAGUAGGUGACAGUUUUAAAACAUUUCAGCCUUUCACAGGCUAAAGGGAGCGAAACAAAGCGCAAGGCUAUAAUUUCAUUGUAAAUGCUUUUUAAAUAUGGGUCAGAUAGCUGUUGGGAGAUAGAGUGAAAAGUUCAAGGCCUGAAAGAGUGUGUGAAGCACCAAAGAUGAAAGAAAACUUGCUAACUGGAUUAGAAAUUCAGACCUGGCUAUUGCAGACCUCUGUGGGUGGUAAAUUACGGUUAUAUUGCUAGUUGUGGUGGAAGUAUUUUUUAGAUUGCUGCAAUACAUUUUAAAUGGGAUUAAUACAUUUAAUGUGAUUUUUAUCCAAGUAUUUGGUCAUAUAUAUAGACACAAUAUCUCCUAGCAUUACAGAAAGUUUGUGGCUUUUCUUGUCUUCCACAUUAUUACACACUACUAAUAAAUCAUAUUGUCCAAUUGACUGCAUAAAUAAUCUAAAUACUGAAGUACUCUCAUUAUGGUUUGAUACUUGGUACAUUAAAAGCAUUGCUUCUGAAACAGGUAUGGGUGUUCAGAUGCCUAAACAAGGUUCUGACAGAAAUGCAACUACAAGGAAACAGUCUGUGCCAGCCAACGAAAAUAAGCAAGGACCUGGUAACAAGGUAGUCCCUCUCAAGACGACUGACGAUAAGACGGGACAAAGUGUUAGUCGUCGUAGUAGACAUGUACCUGAAAAAAUAAAGCGAUCGGAAGCAACCUUGGCCAAGAAACUCGGCCAGCUGGCGGUUAGUGAACAACGUCCCAUGGACUCAAGGAGGGGAAGCACACCAAAGGGCUGCACUGUUUCCCAAGCUAAAACCACACCAAGUCCCAACCCCCCCAGAGGACACAGUCCUCUAACAAGCCUGAGGGACAUUGCUGGCCUGAUACAGCAGAGACGCUGCAAAAAUAUCAUAGUUGUGGCUGGGGCUGGAAUUAGCACUGCCAGUGGCAUCCCAGACUUCAGAACCCCAGGGACUGGGCUGUAUGCUAACUUGCAGAAGUAUAACAUCCCCUAUCCAGAGGCCAUUUUUGACAUGGACUACUUCACCUGUAACCCCAAGGCUUUCUUCUCUCUUGCCAUGGAGCUCUAUCCUGGGAACUACAAGCCCAACUACAUUCAUCACUUUGUGAGGAUGUUGCAUGAAAAGGGGUUGCUGUUGAGAAUGUACACCCAGAAUAUUGAUGGUUUGGAAAGAAUGGCUGGAAUCCCAGCACAGAAACUGGUAGAGGCUCACGGCACAUUCUCAACUGCUUCCUGCCACUUGUGUUACACCUCAUUUCCACCAAAGGAAGCAAAGACUAUUAUAAUGAGUGCCAAGAUCCCAAGAUGUAAAAUCUGUCAUGGAAUAGUAAAACCGGAUAUUGUGUUUUUUGGAGAGGACCUUCCAAAAAGUUUCUUUUUGCACUCCAAAGAUUUUCAAAAGGCUGAUCUGCUUAUUGUAAUGGGAACAUCUCUGCAGAUUGAACCUUUUGCCAGCAUUGUGAAUUCUGUGCGGCCCACUGCAGCUCGUCUGCUGCUAAACCGAGAUCUUGUUGGUCCCUUCAAAAGAAUUCCUUUAAAGAGCACUGAUGUGAUUAAACUUGGGGACCUGGUGGACAGUGUGAAGAACUUUGCCCAGAUUCUGGGAUGGCAGGAAGAAAUCGAUGAACUGAUCAAGCAGAAUGACAAUCCGGUGGAACCUGUGACAAAGGCUUCUCCAACGGUAGUAAAAGGUGAAGUGAAAGAGGGGUACGAGAGGUGGAAAUGUGAAGAGCCUUAACUGCCCAGGAAGAAGGUGGUCCACUAAGGCUCCUCAGAAAACCAAUGCUACAGAUAUUGAUAGCAGUAGUGGGGAGAGCAAUGUAUCUGAAUCAGAAACUGACAGUAUGGCAUCUUCAGAGGAUAGUAACUAAUCAAGUAUGUGAAUCCUUUUUAGAGGUUUCCAUAAACUGGAUGUAGGUUGUCUAAUUUUCAGAAAUUACAUAUCAACUGGCUUGGGCUGUUUAUGUUCAAUAAUUUCAAUUUACGCUUGUUGGAACCUUUUUAUUUUAAAAUCCUUUAUAUUCAUGCUACCUCUUUUGCCAACUCUUGUUGUCCUGCAGUUUUGUACUUUUUUAGGUGUAAUGUUUGUCUUAUUAAUAAAUAUAUAUUUUU